AUGGCUUCCAAACUCCAAGACCACAUCGACGCCCUCCGCACCCUCCCUCUGGCGGAGGCCGUUCAAGCACUCGCUCACCUUACACCAGGCCUGACAAGCGUUAUCCCCCAGGAAUACGGCUACUUCGUCGAACACCCCGACUAUGAAGGAAUCGGCAAUCUGAACGAUAUCGGCACCAUCUGGUUGAAGCUCGGAGAGCAAUGUUACGAUGACCAUGCGCCCCUCGAAGUGCGUCUCGUCCACGUUUCCCUGGACGACCCGAUCUACGAAGUCUACGGCACCAGCUAUACGAUGUUGAAUAAGGAACUCGCUGAUGGGACCGUGGCACCUCCCGCCCCCAAUGAGAAUCCCGGUUACUGCGCCUGCUGUAGCGGUGAGGCGAGCGCCACCAUCUUGGCUUGUUUCCAUGAGCGCCAGGCGUUGUAUUUCACCGAGGAGGAAUACAAGUCUAUCUGGGGGGAUCAGCCGAAUUCGGGGGAGAGGUUUAGUGGUUGGACGGAAGAACAUGGCUGGGGGAAGCGUAUUAUCAAUGCCAGCACGGAGCAGAUUAAGGAGGCUCUAGCGAGGAACCCGGCUGUUGGGAUUCCGAGUAUGCUUUAG